AUGGAAAAGCGCGGCCUGUCGAUAGACAGAAGAGGAGACCGGAGACUCUCGCCGCAGGAGUACUUCACCGCAGACUCCCUCGAAGCGUUGAAGGCCGAGAAGGUCGUUGUUUUGCAGGCUCACGUCCGCGGGCUCCUCGCACGCCAGCGCGCCGCGAGACUCCGCCGCGCGAAGCAGGACCACCUCGAUCGAGAAGAAGAAGAGCGAGUGAAAGCCAAAGAGGAGCGCGAACUCUGUCAGAAGCGUCUGCGGAACCGCUGCCUGCGCCCCGAGACCGUCGACGACUUCUCAGUCUUGUAUGCCGAGCUGGGCGCGUGGCGGGCCCAGGAAGUGACUCGCGCGAAGCGCGUCUUCGUCAGCGAGACGCAUCGGCGGCAGGCCUUCAAGGAGAUUCUGCAGAGGGAGACGCAGGUCCUCCAACGCAUCGAGGCCCUGAAACAGCAGGCCGUGGGGGCGAGCCGAAGGGAAAAGAAGUUUUAUCUCCUCGCGGCCAUGGCAAAACCGUUUGCGUGGACUUGCCCCUCGACUGGAGACGUCGUGGCUGUCUUCACUCCUGAAACGAUGCGGGCAGACGAACUCCGGAGGCUCUACGCUGACCUCGAAAAUCUCGACGUCGAUGCUGACGCACGCCUGGAGGUGCUCAACAGGCUUCAGGCCGCCGCUGGCGCCGCACAGGCGGAGAGAGGUCCGUCUCAGAAAGGACGUGCACAGGAAGGGGACGACCAGCUCCGCCAAGAGAUCCUCGAACUCUGCCGCCGAGAAAUCGCAUUCCUGAACCGCGGCCAGACAAACAAGACCAAACUCAGCGGCCUCAGACUGCGCCUCUCCCACGCCUUCUGGCAUCUGCUGCAGUCUCCAGACUUCAAUCCCCAAGCUGGACGAUAUCUGAGGUGA